AUGUCUGGAUUUGGAGCUUCAUUGUCAUUCGAUGUCUGGCGGGCACCUGAAACGUGGCAGUGCUGGAGGCUCGUCUUGGUGCUCGCCGUCUUCUUCCACAAUGACCUCAGCUCACCGUCGGACUGCCCGCCCACCUGCGCCUGCUCGCCCAACGAAAUCUACUGCAACAAGUCGGUCAGCAGUCGGUUCUCCCCGAACACUCGGAGCGCCGGAGAGCUUUUCCACAACAUAACUUCCAUACAUAUUGAAAACUGGACUGGUCUGCAGACCUUAAGAGAUAUUCACAUGGAACUCUACACCGCCUUGCAGAGGCUAACACUUAUCAGGAGCAGCCUGCAUACAAUCCAGCCACAUGUUUUCUCCAAAAAUCCCCAACUAAGCUACAUAAAUCUGUCCAAGAACCCAAUGCUGACUACAUUGUCCUGGCAAGUCUUUGAAAAUCUGCAGCUCAUGGAACUACAUUUAGAAGAUGUGAUCUUUGAUUGUGGGUGUAGGAUCCGUUGGCUGCAACUAUGGCAACAAAGGGGAGAUGUAGGACUAAGUAGCCAACAAUUAUACUGUCAUAAUGGCUCAAAGAAGAUUCUGCUACAAGAAAUGAACGUAAGCGAAUGCGACCUUCCAGAAAUCACCAUAAGCCACUGCAACCUCACAGUUAAAGAAGGCGACAGUAUAACUACAACAUGUAAUGGCUCUGGAUCUCCAUUACCUGAAGUGGAGUGGUCUGUUACUGGUUUGCACUCCUUAAAUGUAGAAGAGGCCAGAGUCUAUGAAAACAACACUGUUCGUUCAAUGAACAUCACUUUGGUAAAUGUCAGCAGAGAUGACAACAACGUCCUUCUGACCUGCACUGCCACCAAUGUAGUAGGAAUGACCAACGCUUCCAUUCAGCUUAAUGUUCACUUUUGUCCUUCUAUUGUAAAGCUGAAGGAGCCAGAGCGUCGCCAUGACACGUGCAUAGAAUUUACAGUUAGAGGUUCACCCCACCCAAAAUUAAGAUGGUUCUACAAUGACAAGGAAAUUUCCCACACUGAUUAUUUGCGUCUUGAUAUGGAUAUUUACCAGGACUACCUUGAGGGAUGCCUUACUUUCAAAAACCCAACACAUCACAACAACGGUAACUACACCCUGGAAGCUAAAAACUAUCUGGGGGUGGUCACCAGUACUGUCAAUGGACACUUCCUAGACAAGCCCUUCGAUGUUACAGAAAGUGAUUAUGAUUAUGUAAGCCCAACGGCAGAACGUCACAACCCACACGAAGACACUUUUGGGGUUUCUAUAGCAGUCGGACUCGCAGGGUUUGCCUGUGUGAUGCUUGUGAUUAUCGUCCUCCUGAUCAAUAAGUAUCGGCGAAAUUCCAAGUUAGGCAUGAAAGGUCCAGCAGCAGUGAUAAGUGGUGAAGAAGACUCCACAAGUCCACUUCAUCAUGGAACUCAUGGGAUUAUCAGACCGUCUACAUUGGAUGGUGGACUGAAUGCUGUGACGAUUGGCCUGAACAGGAUUCCCAUUAUUGAGAAUCCACAGUACUUCAAACAUGGACAAAACUAUAAGAAAUCUACCACCUAUGUUCAGCAUCUAAAACGGAGGGACAUUAUUUUGAAGAGGGAGCUUGGAGAAGGAGCUUUCGGCAAAGUCUUCUUAGCAGAAUGUUACACUCUUUGCCCAAAAAUGGACAAAAUGCUUGUAGCUGUAAAGACUCUGAAGGACCCCAAUUUAUCAGCGAGGAAAGAUUUCCAACGUGAAGCUGAGCUGCUGACUAAUCUCCAACAUGAACAUAUUGUGAAAUUUUAUGGCGUAUGUGUUGAUGGAGAUCCACUCAUCAUGGUCUUUGAGUACAUGAAGCAUGGAGAUUUGAAUAAAUUUCUCAGAGCCCAUGGACCAGAUGCCAUGAUCCUGGUGGACGGACAGCCGCUGCAGACUAACGGGGAGUUGGGACUGUCCCAGUUGCUUCACAUAGCCAGUCAAAUCACAGCAGGAAUGAUCUACCUUGCAUCGCAACACUUUGUACACCGUGAUUUGGCUACCAGAAACUGUCUGGUAGGGAAUGUCCUCCAGGUGAAAAUAGGAGACUUCGGCAUGUCAAGAGACAUUUACAGCACUGAUUAUUAUAGGGUGGGAGGUCACACGAUGCUGCCUAUUCGCUGGAUGCCCCCAGAAAGCAUCAUGUACAGGAAGUUUACCACAGAGACUGAUGUGUGGAGCUUUGGAGUUGUUCUAUGGGAAAUCUUCACCAAUGGCAAACAGCCCUGGUUCCAGCUGGCCAAUAACGAGGUGAUUGAGUGUGUAACUCAGGGCAGGGUACUUGAGCGCCCAAAGCUCUGUCCCCAAGAAGUCUAUGAUGUUAUGCUCGGCUGCUGGCAGAGGGAACCACAACAGCGCCUUAACAUGAAGGACAUUCAGAAGACUCUAUUAUCUCUGAUGAAAGCCGCACCAGUCUAUCUGGACUUAGUGGGUUAGAAACAGAAAUAAUGAAGAGGAACGUAAUGUAAAUUAAGGUCAAGUAGACAAUCAAUGGAAAAGAAUUAUCUACAUGACUCACGUCAACAUGACCUAACAGGGUUUGACUGCCUUAUUAAGGGGUGAUUAACUCAUGGUAGCACACGAUAUACUAAGUCCUUGGAGGUGUAUGUAUCUGUUUAACAGUGCUGGAAUACAGCUAUCUAGACACAGAUUAGUAAACUAGCUGAUUCUUUUUCAUGAAAUAAUACAAUAUGAAUAUGUGAAUAUGUUCCCUCAGCACACACCUGUGAGAAUUUUCUCAUGUAUCUACUGUAUUUGUCAACACGUUACCAAAAUAAUUAUGAUGUGAUGCAUGCGUGUUC